CGCCCCGGGGGCCCCCUUCCCGGCCAGCCAGACGGCGGGCAAGACGGGCUGGGUGUACAGCGUCCUCGAACCCGCCAGCAAGCUAGUAGAUUCUCCGCGGCCCCAGAGACUCCGGCCCACGCCAUGGCGGACUCUGAGCGCUUCUCGGCCCCCGGCUGUUGGGCCGCCUGCACCACUUUCUCGCGCACCCGAAAGGGAAUUCUCCUGUUAGCUGAGAUUAUACUCUGCCUGGUGAUUCUGAUCUGCUUCAGCGCCGGGACUUCGGGGUACUCCUCCCUGUCAGUGGUUGAGAUGGUCCUGGCUAUUGUCUUCUUUGUCAUCUACAUGUGUGACCUGCAUACCAGGGCGCCAUUCAUCAACUGGCCCUGGAGUGAUUUCUUCCGGACUCUCAUCGCAGCGAUCCUCUACCUGAUCACUUCCAUUUUUGUCCUUGUUGAGAGAGGGAACCACUCGAAAAUCGCUGCAGGGGUCCUGGGUCUCCUCGCUACCUGCCUCUUUGGCUAUGAUGCCUACUUUACCUUCCCUCUUCGGCAGCAGAGACAUACAGCAGCCCCCACUGAUCCCACUGAUGGCCCGGUGUAGGUUGACCUCCCCUCAUGUCUCUCUGCAACCAGAAGACGACUUCUCCAUGGAAAUAACCCCCACCACCACCAGGACUCCCAACCUUGUCAGUCCAUCCUCCUGGGCGUGGCCACUUUUCUGGGUGUGCCCGAGUCCUCCUUCCUUCUGUGGUACCCAAAAAGAAACACCGGUUCUGCCUGGACCCGUGCCUCCGCCUAAGCCACAAAUUGAGGGAGGAGGGCACCUCAGAUUUCUGUCUCCAGGCCCCAGGUUUUAAACCAAGUAACUUCUCCAAGUUACUACUCCAAGUAACUUCUUCCGUGUGCAUGUGUAUGUGGGUGUGGGUGUGUGUGGGGGGUGGUUCUGUGGAGGGAUACAGAAAUAAACAGAUUGUUAAAAUAUACGAUAAUG